AUAUUCAAAAAGUUCACAGCUAUUAUACACAAUAUAUCAACAGCUAUCCAGCUAUGAUUGUAACUAUUGUUUUAACGAGUUUGAUGUUGACAUACGAUGUGGUUUAUGGAAAUUAUCAUCAUAACAGAAACACUACGCUUCACAAAUAUGGGCCCAAUGUUUGCGCUGUCGAAGAAAUUUUGUCGGGCAACAACGGCGUGACAUCGCAUAGGGAGCGUGGCUGGCCAAUAGACGAUCGCCAGCAGCAGCAUCGCACUUGCGGGCAAAAUACAAUCGUGAAGUAUGAAUGCUGCUUGGGAUUCAAAUCGAUGUAUGGAUGUCCAGGGUGCACCGGUGUGAAAUUGGCAAAAAACGUGAUGGAAACCGCUCAAGAACUCGGCGCACGGCAGUUUGUCCAGUAUAUCCAGCAACAUGGCUUAUACGAUUUGUUGACCAGCGGCGGCCCAUAUACAAUAUUCGUUCCCACCGACGAAGCUUUUUCCAAAAUAGAUAGCACAUUUCGGUCAGCCAUGGAGUCAUACGAAUCGGCCGUCGAGAUACUUAGAUACCAUGUGGUGCCUUUGAGGAUCGUGACACAAAACGUAUCAUCCGACGAGUUGUUGAACACGUUAAACGAUGGACUUAAAUUGAGGUUUAAUAAGUACUCCACUAAAAUCGAAACCAUAAAUUGUGUUACGAUAAUGCGUAAGAACCGAAUCGCUCAAAAUGGAGUGGUGCACUUGAUCAAUUCCGUACUAAGUCCUUACAGUUAUUCAAAUCGAAAUUUGGUGCAAAUCAUAAACCAGAAUCAAGACUUAUCGAUAUUUUCAAAAAUGCUCGAAAUUUCACGUAUGCAUCAAAGUCUAAAAGAAUCAUUUCAAACACUUACGGUUAUGGUUCCAACCGAUACGGCACUACAACGAUUACCACAAAAUCAACUCAGAAGAAUAUUGAAUGAUGAGACACUUAGCAAGGCAUUUGUGUUAAAACACAUAUUGCCGACACCCAUUUGUUUGAGUGCUGUUACUGAAGAGCAGUAUGUCAGGAGUCUGGCGGACAAAAAUUACGUAAAAUUCAGCUGUGACAAGACGAAUGCAGUGACGGUUCAAGGAAACUGUGUCGGUAAUGAUUUUAAGUUAUCGUCCAAUGGAAUUAUUUACGCAAUAAAUUUCCCACUAAGCUCCGGAGAAGGGAAAUCGGCGUUGCAAAUCAUGCAGCAUUUGGGUCUAAGCGAAUUUGUACAGAUCGUUAACAUCGCCGGACUCGCACAAACGUUUGAAAAUUUCAACGCACUAACAGUUUUUGCGCCGACCAAUCAAGCCUUAAGAUGUAUGAAUCCUAUGGAAAUGUAUCACAUCCGCUCCGACCCGAAUGCCGCUCGAACAUUCAUAGAUUUUCACGUCGGAAGACAAAUAAUGACAAUGGAGAACAUUUACGACGGAAAAACUGUAGAGAGUUUUGCUCCUGGCAAACAACUUCGUCUGCAGUGUGUCCAGAACGAGUUCGGUGUCGAAGGACAUCGAAUUCACUUUCAAUCUGUGCGGGGCUACAACGGGGCCGUUCACGUUGUCGACCAUGUAUUAUAUCCACCGACUAUAUCAGUGGAAGAUCUUAUUAAAAAAAAUGAUAGUUUCAGUUUGUACGCGCAAGCAAUGGACCUGGUACUGGGUACUUUUUCGAAGGAUCGAACGUCAUUCGAAUUCUGCGAUGACGUGCACAAUACUUACUUUAUACCAACAGACUAUGCGUUCAAAAAACUUGGGGCUGACGAACUGCACCGAUUGUUCACAAACCCUAUCCGUAUGAGACAAAUCCUCGACAAUCACCAGGCCGACCGCAUCUUGCCGUCAGCGUUAAUCGGCACACGUCAACAAUACGAGAUCAAAACAAAAAACGAAAUUGUUCGCUUAUCCAACGAAGAUGGCAAACUUAUGGUCAACGAAGUCGAAAUAAUCGAAACGGAUAUAAUGACAACCAACGGAUUGAUCCAUGUGGUCGACGAUUUAAUUUUACCACAAUACAGACGGAGAAAUGAAUGAAUUUCGACAGAUCGACUACACUUCAUCGUUAGAUAAAAAAUAAUAAAUUAUUAAUUUAGUAGAUGGUUUAUAACACACAUUAACAUAAUUAAAGUCGAUAAAAAAUCAUGAACUUAGUACAAGCAUUACAGCUAUUUAUAAUUGUUUU